AUGCUAUCAUCCGACAACCCAUUGUUACGGCAAUGUCCAAGACUUGUCAAUUUCACAUCUUCUGAAGGCAAACGCCUAUUUCGAGGCGCCAUGGACCAAGGCCAUGCGGAGAGUUUUUUCAAUCUGAUGGGAAAUUUUUCAACUCAAUCUUCUGCCAUGUUUGGUGGUGUCAGCUCUUUGGCCAUGGCACUUAACGCAUUAGAAAUCGAUCCACAACGAAUCUGGAAAGGAAACUGGCGCUGGUAUUCGAACGAAUUAUUGGAAACUUGCUCAAGCAAAGAAGAGGUUCUUAGCAAAGGCAUGUCCUUUGACGAAUUCACGUGCCUCGCACAGUCACAUUGUCAUCUCGACGUUCGACGCGCCUCAUCAAUAGCGUACAACGAAUUUCUCAACGAUCUUGAAUCCAUUACAGCCAACAACAAUUCCGCUAGCCAAAUUAUGAUUGUCAGCUAUUCUCGUUCGCAUCUUGGCCAAGUGGACCAACGGGGCGGUCAUUUCAGCCCUAUUGGCGGUUUCAACAAGGCUGAAAAUAUGGUGCUUAUCAUGGACGUUGCUCGUGGCGAAUAUCCCAGCGUUUGGGUCAAUGCACGAUCGCUGUAUAAUGCUAUGCUCGAGCGGGAAAAGGACGUUUUGGGCAAAAGUCGAGGUUAUUUUGUACUACGUGCCCCAGGAACAACAACAACAGCAACAGCUUCAUCUCUGCAAAAACCAAAAGGACGCUUGCUACAACAACGUCAACAUAAUCAUCAUCAACAACAACAGCAACAACCCAAGUUUAUCAAGUGUAGCGACUGCUCUCGGAAAUGCUCGAAGCGUCUACACGCAUGA